AAUGAGAAUUCUAGUCUCUGCUGUUGCUGUUGCUGAAGCUGUUCUUCCUUCUGCGCUAACUUCUCCUCCAGCCACAGCCUGCUGUCCAGCCCACUCCUCGUCCGGAACAUAAACACCGCCGCUGCAGCAGCCGUCGCCGCCGCCGGGUGAAAGAACCAGUCAUGUACAUCCCACAUCAGAUCCACAAGCAAUCCAUCAACGAAAAUCGUUUGGUUCCCUCUGAAAUUCCACUGCAACCUCUUCACCCGAAUCACAACCUUCUUAUCGAUACAGACGGAGAGAACAGGGUGGUGGUGCCUCUGCUUCAGCCCUUCCUUCUCCCCCUCGCCGCCGCCGCCGCUGCAUUUAAUCAGGAUAUCGUGCUGGCCGCCGGUCUCGGAGAAUCGAGCUUUAGUGGAAUACAGAGUGCUCCCAGAACAGUGCUCUUGCCUCGAAAUCAAGCUCACUUUGGCGGCGGCCGGCGCCGCCCUCAGCAAUUUCUUGGACAGAACGGCGGAUUCGUCGGCCAGGUCGCCGAGGACGAGGGCAAUUUCGGAAUCGAUCAAAACGAUGACGUAGAACCCGUCGAGGGGUUCCGGGCCGGAGUCGUAGCGGGCGGAGGAGAGAUCCCAAUAGACGUCGAAUUUGGAAUCGGGUCCGCCGGCGUCGAUCGAGCGGCUGCCCUUCUUCUUGCGGAAGAGGCCGGAGCUGGUGUUGAGCUUGAAGGUGGACGGGCCGUUGGAGAUGGUGAGCCCCUGUUGGGCCGCGGACUGGAAGCGGGCCCAUGUGACGGAUAAGAGGAGGGGUUUCUUGUGGGAGGAGAGGCUGAUUCGGUAGAGGGAAGAGACGGCGUUCUGUACGGAGGGAGUCGCCGCCGCGGAGUAGGGCGAGGCCGAGGAGGAGGAAGAAGAAGCGGCGGCGGUGACUGGGGAGGAGACGACGGCGGCGGCGGAGGAGGAGCAGGAGAAGGAGUACUGAUGGUGGGGUUGUUGGGUAGCCACGUUAAUGGCGUUCUCGCUGAAACAGGACACGAAGUCUCUCAUCGUUGUAGAGGGGAAUUAAACUGUGGGAUUGGGUUUUUGGUUUCAAUAAUGGAGGCGGAGGUUUCAGAGUAACCGAAGGAGGAUGAGGAGGAAAUGUGAGAGCGUGGGGGAGAAGAAGAAGGGGAAAUGGUUUGAU